UGAAAAGUCGACAGGCUGCAUCACUAUCACCAUUUCAGAUGACUGGUUACCGAUUAUGCAUCGGCCUCCCACGGGGCGAGCUACUUUCGCUGAUGGUGACCGACUAUGAGCAUCGGCAAUGACACACUUCGUCCAAGGCUCUCUCGUUAAUCAGGCGCUUAUUACAAUCAUACCAAGUUACCAACGUCUAUCGUCCCGAACUGCCAUCGACAACAUGGAUAUACGCGUGCAGCAUAACCUGAACCCUCUUACAUGGACUUCAUCCACAGGCCCUAUAUCCCUACCUUUGUCUCGUCCAAUCAUCCGCGUCCUUUUUCACCGCGCCAACCUGACCUCUAGCUUACAAGUUCAAUCUAUUAGAAUUGAACUCAUCAGCGGAAAAAAUCUCAAGGUCCCCUCUGAGUGCAUACCCGUACGCAUAUAUGUGUUCAUCAAAUUCACCGAGACGAGACACUGGGGAUCAGCUAUCAGAGUCCUAUCAUCCGAUCAAUCUGUAGCGUUGGGCGACCCGAGGACUGACCUUUUGUUUGCGAGCUACCAUGUUCAAAUCCUGUCUCUCACUCUCCCAGAUGUCAAGACGCUCAAGGACGACUUCGACAAGGAGAUACGCCACGCAUCUUUCAUGAACCCAAAGGAGUCGAGGACAAACUUGAUAGUACUCUUGAGGAGAAUCUUGGAUGAGGUUAUGCCAUCGCCAAGCUCCUCCAUCAUGAUCUGA